AAUAAUUUCCAAAUAAAGAAAAAAAAAGAUUAAGAAAUACGAAAUAAAUCUGUUUUGUCAAACUACACACAGCAAAAGUCCGUUACACAAAAUUCAGGUGGGAGAAAGGAUCGAGAAAAUGGCGACUGAGAAUAAAACUGCGGCGAUCGAGCACCGGGCGUAUGCUCGGGUCGGGUUAUUGGGUAAUCCGAGCGAUGUGUACAAUGGGCGCACGAUUUCAUUUAGCCUCGGCAAUUUCUGGGCUUCGGUUAAGCUAGAACCCUCCGAUAAUUUGUUGAUCGUUCCUCACCCAGCUCACGAUCUUGUUCAAUUCGAUUCUCUCUCUCAUCUGGUUACUCGGUUGCAAAGCGAUGGAUAUUACGGAGGGGUACGUUUGCUUAUAGCGAUCUGUAAAAUCUUCAGCAACUAUUGCAAGGAUAAUGGCAUCACAUUACAUGAUGGGAAUUUUACGAUGUCUUACGAUACAAACAUACCUCGCCAGACGGGGCUUUCUGGUUCGAGUGCAAUAGUAUGUGCUGCACUUAGUUGCCUUCUCGAUUUCUACAAAGUGAGGCACCUCAUAAAAGUGGGCGUCCGCCCAAACCUUAUCCUCAAUGCAGAGAAGGAAUUAGGUAUUGUUGCUGGUCUACAAGAUAGAGUAGCUCAGGUUUACGGGGGCUUGGUCUAUAUGGAUUUUAACAAGAAACACAUGGAAGAUUUAGGGUACGGCGAAUAUACACCUAUGGAUGUGGAUCUUCUUCCACCUCUCUAUCUUAUCUAUGCUGAGAACCCCAGUGAUUCUGGAAAGGUGCAUAGUACAGUUCGUCAAAGAUGGUUAAAUGGUGAUAAGUUCAUUAUAUCAUCACUUGAAGAGGUAGCGAAUGUUGCAUUAGAAGGAAGAACUGCGUUGAUUGAAAAGGACCAUGCAAAACUUGCAACCCUCAUGAAUCAUAACUUUGAUUUGCGAAGGCAAAUGUUUGGUGAUGAAGUACUUGGGGCAAUGAACAUAGAGAUGGUCGAAAUUGCAAGAAGAAUUGGGGCCGCAUCGAAAUUUACGGGAAGUGGAGGGGCUGUUAUUGUAUUCUGCCCUCAAGGACCUUCUCAAGCCAAGCUUUUAGAGGAUGCCUGCAAAACUGCCGGUUUUCUCUUCCAACUGGUUAAAGUUAUGCCCUCUUUUCUAACCGAAGUCGAUCUUGGAACUAUGUCAACUAGAUGAAAACCGGAUGAAUCUAUACACCCCCGGCUUUUCUGAACUACAUCAAUCUUUUCUUUUCUUUUUCAAUUAUUUUGUUUUUUAAAAUUUUCGUGCUUUAUGAUGCACAAAUAAGUGUAAUUUCAACAUUUUUUUGGUACAAUCAAAUGCAAAAGACUUCUUCCCUCUUU